AUGAAUCAGCCGUUCGCCGAUCGCAUUGCAGGGAACGUGACGGUGACGGGCUGGGGAGCGGUGGGUGAGGGAAGCUCCAAGUCGAAGGUCCUGCAAGGAGUGACCGUUCCCUUGGUGAACUACACGCUGUGCUCCCAGUCGUACUUGGACGUGACGACCCUGAACUCGAACGUCCACAUCUGUGCCGGCCUCGACGGCGGCGGCAAGGACGCGUGCCAGGGUGACAGCGGCGGACCCCUGGUGCAGAAGGAAGCGGACGGCAAGAACUACCUCGUCGGAGUCGUCUCCUUCGGCCUCGGAUGCGCCCGACCCAAGUACUACGGGAUCUACACCCGCGUCUCCACCUACGUGAACUGGAUCCACUCCAUCGUGUCGUGAAGAGGAGGACGCCCCCCCCCCCUCCUCCUCCUCCACGGGAUGUCAAAUGCUGUCACUUCCAUUCUCUUUCUCUUCUCGAGUUCUUUUCUUCAGUGCUUUUCCGUGUUCUUUCUGGAUGGGUUUCCUUCCUCUCUCUGUCAUUUCUGGUUUCCGAGUGCGUGCCUCCAAGACCUUCCGUGCAUCCCGCGGGUGCAUCAGAGGUCUAAUUCCCCGUGCCAUCAUUCCGAGAAGGAGCCGCCCGUAUCCGCAUGCCUUCCAGGGAAAACUCGUGGAAUGCAAGGUUGCGGAAGUGCGGGUGACGAGGCGGAAACGGGGGCACUCGCGGCGCAGGCGACCAUCCAUCCGAUUACCAGGCAUUUCUGCUCUUUCAGUUUUCGAGCUCACUUUCGGAAAGCCUUAUUCCUGGAAAAAAUUAUGCGAUUCCAAAAAUUCUUUGAGAAUACAUUCCGUUCGAGGGAAA